AUGUCAUCGAGUUUCAACAGUUCAAAAAGAGGAAGCGGCGUGGUGGUACCUAUAGAAGAGGUCCAGAAGGUCUUCAGCAAAUUCGACGAGAAUGGUGACGGACUCAUCUCCGGCGAUGAGCUCAAGAACGCUUUCCGUGAUAUCGGGUGGGAGAUGAAGCCGGAGGAAGUGAAGACUGCAAUGUCCGAGUUCGACAAGGACGGCGACGGCCACAUCGACCUGGAGGAGUUCACGGCGCUCCUUGAUGGAUCCCCGUCGACCAAGGUUCUCCAUGACGCCUUCGAUCUUUAUGAUCUGGACAAGAACGGACUGAUAUCGACGGACGAGCUUCAUGAGGUGCUCAAUCGCUUAGGGCACAAUUGCUCCGUCGCGGAAUGUGCCACCAUGAUCUCCAAUGUUGACGUCGAUGGCGAUGGCUUUGUCAACUUUCAAGAGUUCAAGAAAAUGAUAAACCGCUCGUGA